AACGCCGAGAAACAGUAGAACAGAGAGUUGCACGGCGAGGCCAGCGCAGGCGUGAGAGGUGACGCCAUGGUCUGCUCCUCCCGCAUCACCUACUGCGGCCAUGGCCAUGGUGGGCGCCGGGGGCUCCUCCUCCUCCGAUGACGAUGAGGCCGGCGAGGAGAUCGAGUCGGCACCCCCGCUCCGCGUCGGUGAGGAGCGUGGCAUCGGCUCGUCGGGGAUCCGCAAGCGCCUCCUUCGCUCAGGCUAGGGAUGGGCCACUCCCGUGCCUCCCGAUGAGGUCUCAGGCACUACGUUGGGACACUCCCUGACGGCAUGUUGUUUGCUUUGCCGAGGGACAGAGGAGGAGAGCCCCGCACGAUCAAUCUCGGCAGUGGUGCUCCAGGUGCUCCAGGUGCUCCAUUGGCUUAUGAAGAUUCUGGUGCUCCAGGUGUUCCUAAUGGUUGUGAGCUACAUUUUGAGGUAGAGAUAUUAUCAUGGUUGACAGUGGUGGAUGUAUAUAAAAAUGGUGGAAUUGUAAAGAAAGUUUUAUCAACUGGAGGGAACAGACAAAUAGGGGAUCUUGAUGAAGUUACAGUCAAGUACAAAAUCAAGCUACUUGAUGAAUUGAUAGUUGAAGAAUCUCCAUAAGAAGGAUCAACCUUCUUUAUUAAUGAAGCACUGCCUAAGGUCCUAAAAACAAUGAAGGAAGGAGACAGAGUUGUUAUGAUGGUGCAAUCACAAGAUGCAUUUGGGGAGCAUGGAAGAGCUGCUAAAAACCAACUUUCUGUGGUUCCACCAAAUUCUGCAGUCAAUAUGGAUGUGAAAUUAGUUUCAUUAAAGCCAGUAGUUGAUGUUACAGGAGAUUUAAAAGUAAUGAAGAAGACAUUAAAGAGUGGUGAUGGUAUUCGCACGCCACAUGAUGGUGAAACUGUUCAUAUUAGAUAUACUGGUAGCCUGGAGGAUGGUACCGUCUUUGAAAAAUUUGGCUUUGAUGGGGAGCCCUUUGAAUUCAUCAUAGAUGAAGAACAGGUAACUAUUGGAUUAGAUCGUGCAGUGGCAACAAUGGUGAAGGGUGAACUUGCUGAAGUGAUAGUGAAAUCUGAGUAUGGAUUUGGCAAUACAGAAGUACAAAGGCAGUCGAUAACGGUACUUUCUUGCUCUACAUUGAUAUAUGAAGUGGAAUUGGUAGACUUCACAAAGGAAAAAGAAUCAUGGGAGAUGAGUGGCCAUGAAAAGUUGGAGGCUGCAGAGAAAUCAAAAGUUGCUAACAAUGACUUAUUCAACAUAGGGAAGUUUCAAAGGGCUGCAAAGAAGUAUAGCAAGGGCCUUAAUUAUAUUAAUGAGGAUGGGAAUUUUGAAGAUGAAGUUGAAAAGUUAAUGAAAACUCUGAGAGUAUCCUGCUGGUUGAACCAUGCAGCAUGCUGCCUUAAACUGAAGGAUAAUGCCCAAGCAAUUAGCUUAUGUUCAAAGGUGCUAGAAAUAGAGUCUUGCAAUGUGAAGGCUUUGUAUCAGAGAGCACAAGCUUAUGUUGAAUCGUAUGACCUGGAAUUAGCUAAGAGAGAUGUACUGAAAGUAUUAGAAUUGGAUCCUGACAACAAGGAGGUGAAGUUACUGCAAGCCCAUUUGAAAAAGCUUCAGGUGGAGAGUAACAAGCGGGAUGCAAAGCUUUAUGCAAACAUGUUUGAUCGAACAGCAAAAGAAUCCAAUGUGGUCGCUAAGAAGUGCAAAGUUGAAAGUGCAGUUUACAAUGAAGAAGCGAAGAGUUCUGACGCAGAGGAAGCACUAGAGGUGGUCAAAGAAGAGUAGUGUACAUCACGACACUGAAGAUAAGUCUGGCGUAAUCCUUUCAUAUUGAAUGUUUUUACUAUUUUUUAUGGUCCUUGGAAUGGAAGGUACCACAAAAUUAUACAUGGGAAAGUACCAAAAAUUGUUUUCUAGACACCACAAUAUUGUACCUUCCUUAUAUAACUUGGUGCAUCCCUUUUAUGGUAGCAUUGUGUAUUCAGACGAUCAUGCUACAGAUGAGAUUUUACGCCAUUUACUGUGGAAGUGAAAACAGUACCAACCAGGUUACUUGCGGUGAUCUUGCAUGCUAUGCUGUAAAUCAAGAGUGAAGCAGGGGUUCUUCCGGGGUUGGCGAGAUCAAGGUUGGAGGGGUCGGAGGCGAGGCAAGAAAGGCUUUGAGCUUGUGAAGACCUCUUGCGCCUCUAGUCGGAUUUCUUCAGGAGCUUGUAUAGAGGCAUGCUGCACUCCCCAAGCUGCGAGAUGAAGCAACUCAAGGAGGCGAGGCAUCCCAUUAGCUUCCGAGUGCCCUUUAGGUUGGUGCUCGGCCGCAACUUCCUGAUGGCAGUGAUCUUCUCCGAGUUGACCUCGAUGGCACGCUCGAAGACGAUGAAGCCCAAGAGCUUGCCCUUGGGCACCCUGAAGACACACUUCUCCAGGUUGAGUUCAAUGUUGUAGCAGUGGAGGCACUCAAACAUGUCUCUCAGGUUGGCGAUGAGCUGCUCCGUCUUGCGGGAUUU